CAGCACUUCACGACCAUCCGUGGGAACAGCUGCAGAGAGAGCAGCGCGUUUUAGAGGCUCACAUCGGGACCCAGAGGAAAAGCUUUUUAGAGGGGCUUUAGUUUCAGGUGGUGUGUGGAGGUGGGAUGAGGUUCUUCACUGAUUUGUUUGCUGUAGAGCGUGGUGGCACUUUGAGGAGCUCCUGAAGCCGUCGGAAAGCAGGCGUGGAACGUGUUCCAACACCAAUUUUCUCAUCAAUGUAGGAGCAACACUACGUGAUGGGACUACCUCUGGACGGCCCAGAUACAAACAGCGAUGCACCCAAAUACGAGCUGGGAGAGGAGGAGGAGGAGGAAGGUGAAAGCCAAACAGAGACCUACAUCCCCUACCGGCCGCCACCCACCACCAAGAAGAGAAGGAAAUACAAGAGGAGAUUGGCUAUCAACCUCGCCAGCUGCAAAUAUGAAAGCGUGCGGCGAGCGGCCCGCAGGUACGGCCUCAAGGAGACGGGGGAAGAUGAAGACUGGGCUCUGGUUUGGACUGACUACUCCGUGUCUCUGGACCGUGUUAGGGACAUGAAGCGUUACCAGAAAAUAAACCAUUUCCCAGGGAUGAGUGAGAUCUGCCGCAAGGAUUUUUUGGCGAGGAACUUGAACCGCAUGCUGAAGCUUUUCCCUAAAGACUAUAAUAUCUUCCCCAGAACAUGGUGCCUCCCUGCAGACUACAGUGACUUCCAAGCCUACGUCAGAGCCAAAAAACACAAGACUUACAUCUGUAAGCCAGAUACAGGGUGCCAAGGUAAAGGCAUCUUCAUCACUAAGUCCAGUAAAGACAUACAACCUGGAGAGCACAUGAUCUGCCAGGUUUACAUCUCUAAGCCACUCAUAAUUGACCGAUUCAAGUUUGACCUGAGGGUUUAUGUGCUGGUGACGUCAUGCGACCCGUUCAGGAUUUUCAUGUUUAAGGAAGGUUUGGCUCGCUUUUGCACCAGGAAGUACAACGAGCCUACGCAAAGCAACGUGGACGAUGUAUGCAUGCAUCUCACGAACUACUCCAUCAACAAGAACAGCGAGAACUUUGUCCGCGAUGAAAACUGUGGCAGCAAACGAAAGCUGUCCAGCCUCAACAAGCACCUCGAGCACUUAAACUACAACACAGAGAAGAUGUGGACCGACAUCGAGGACAUCAUCAUUAAGACUCUGAUAUCUGCUCACCCCAUCCUGAAGCACAACUACAACACGUGUUUCCCCAACCACAUCUCCACCAGUGCCUGUUUCGAGAUCCUCGGCUUCGACGUGCUGCUGGACCACCGGCUCAAACCCUGGCUGCUGGAGGUUAAUCACUCGCCCAGUUUCACCACGGACUCUUCGCUGGAUCGGGAGGUGAAGGACGCGCUCCUGUACGACGCUCUGGUUCUCAUCAACCUGGGCGCCUGCGACCGACGCAAGAUCAUCUUGGAGGAGAGACGCAGGGUGAAGGACAGGCUGCAGCAGAACCGCUCCAGAGAGGCCAGGACAGAGGAGCUGCGACAGAGCCAGGCGGCCACGGUGGAACAGAUGGAGGAGUACGAGGCCAAACACCUGGGGGGUUUUAAACGGAUCUACCCCAGAGACGGGGGCGAGAAAUACGACAAGUACUUCAAACACAGCAGCUCGCUCUUCCAGGAAACGGCUGCGUCCAAGGCCAGAGAGGAGUGUGCCAGGCUGCAGCUGCAGGAGCUGCGGUUGAAGCAGGAGGAGAAUGAGCGCCACCUGAAGGUGAACAGAAGGAGAGAAACGCAGGGGGAGACGGCUGGGGAGAGGAGCAAACCCCGGCAAGCGCCAGUGCAGCCUCCCCGUGACCUGCUGCCUUCGGAUCUGCCCCACGUUGGCGCUCAGGACAAUCAGGCGGCUCAGUGUUUGCAAUCCGAUAUCUCUGGAGCUUUUGUGGGUUUAGACACUGCAGACCUCCAAGAUGAGGUGGACGAGGAGGAGGAACAGGAGCGGCACGAGUCCCUGCUCCAGAGACAGAAACUAGUGGAGGGCCUGGGGGUGGUGGACAAGGUCCAUGAGCUGCUGCAGAACCGGGCAGAGGGAGGGGCCCUCUACCAUUAUUCCACAGACAUCGGUUGUCAGAGUCAGCAUCAGAGGAGAGACACAAACUUCCUAACAAACUACUCUGACAAACACAGAUAUCAGCAGAGGAGCCUGAACGAGCACACCUGCCUGCAACUGGACGUGGAGAGCCUCCACAGGAUGGGAGAAGGGCGCAGGACCUCCUGCACCCACCUGGGAGCCUGUCAAGUUAACAGCACCAUGGACGCCUCAAAGACCAGAGGAAAGGUCCCCGUCGUAAACCCCAAGAGGGGUCUGCGCUGCGGCAACUCGUCCAACCACGCCGUAGACCUGCCGAGCCUCCUCAUCGUCUCCACGCGCGUCCCGCUGCUCCGGAGGCCUGGCUUCUCUCACGUCAACCACAGCUCCCCCCGGACAGUCCCCCGGCCCUAUAAGAGAUUCUGAGGAGCGGGGCCCACCGACCUCUGAAGCCCCUCGAAGGAGAACCGGGAGAUCCAGACGGGGACAGCGCGAUCUGUGCAGGAUUUGUUAAAGCACCUGGGUGGUGGAGGCAGAGCAAUAUUUAACUGUGAAUUUAUAGUAAAAUACACAGUGCCUGUAUGAAAAAAUGCUGUAAUGGAUUUUAUAUCUGCGAAGCUCAAGUUUACACUCCUUUAAUAAAGCAGCCCACAAAAAUAUGAAGUUUUAUAUCAUAUAAAACCCUCGUUGAGUGCCAUGAUACAAAAAAAAAAAUCAGUUAUCUGCUAUAUUAAAAAAGAGAGAUGUAUUUAAUCUGAGAACAUUUUAAAUAAAGAAACUGGGUUAUUCAAAUCA